UGAGCGCCUAUUCGUUUUUGCUCUGCCUGGGGCGUGACUUCAAACAAGAGGGUCCAAUAGGCUAGUCGGGCGAGGGAAAUUCAAACUGGUUGUAGGAGAUCCUUGUACCGCCGCCAAAAGGGACUUAGAGACAGGGAGCGGUGUUGGUACCGAUUUCUCCACUAAUCGGACUCAAAAUGUCCGAGGGAGAUGCAGUUAAAGUGUGUGUUAGGGUUCGGCCGCUUAUACAGAGAGAACAAGGGGAUCAGGCCAACUUGCAAUGGAAGGCUGGAAGCAACACCAUUUCCCAGGUUGAUGGGACCAAAUCUUUUAAUUUCGAUCGUGUAUUUAAUUCUCAUGAAUCAACAAGUCAAGUUUACCAAGAAAUAGCAGUACCUAUCAUACGAUCAGCUUUGCAGGGAUAUAAUGGUACAAUAUUUGCAUACGGACAGACUUCUUCAGGCAAGACCUACACGAUGAUGGGGACACCAAAUUCAUUGGGCAUAAUACCACAAGCCAUACAGGAAGUGUUUAAAAUUAUUCAGGAUAUACCAAACCGAGAGUUUCUUCUAAGAGUUUCUUAUAUGGAAAUUUACAAUGAAACUGUGAAAGACCUCCUGUGUGAUGAUAGAAAAAAGAAGCCCUUGGAAAUUCGCGAGGAUAUUAAUAGAAAUGUGUAUGUUGCUGACCUGACUGAAGAACUUGUAAUGGUUCCUGAGCAUGUAAUUCAGUGGAUCAAAAAGGGUGAAAAAAACAGACAUUAUGGAGAAACUAAAAUGAAUGAACACAGUAGUCGUUCACAUACAAUAUUUAGAAUGAUUGUUGAAAGCCGAGACAGAAAUGAUCCCGCAAAUUCAGAGAACUGUGAUGGAGCAGUAAUGGUAUCUCACUUAAAUUUGGUAGAUCUUGCUGGCAGUGAAAGAGCAAGCCAAACUGGAGCAGAAGGUGUGAGACUUAAGGAAGGGUGCAACAUCAACCGCAGCUUGUUUAUCAUUGGACAGGUUAUUAAGAAGCUUAGCGAUGGCCAGGCUGGUGGAUUUAUAAACUACAGAGACAGCAAACUCACCAGAAUUCUCCAGAAUUCAUUGGGAGGAAAUGCAAAAACUGUUAUAAUUUGCACAAUUACGCCAGUUUCUUUUGAUGAAACUCUGAGUACACUUCAGUUUGCCAGUACUGCCAAACACGUAAGAAAUACUCCCCAUGUUAAUGAGGUCCUGGAUGAUGAAGCGUUGCUGAAAAGGUACAGGAAAGAAAUCAUGGAUUUAAAGAAACAAUUAGAGGAUUUAGAGACAUCAUCUGAAACAAAAGCACAAGCAAUGGCUAAAGAAGAGCAUGCACAAUUGCUGACUGAAAUCAAAAACCUGCAGAAAGAGAGAGAAGACAGAAUUUGGCACUUGACAAAUAUCGUUGUUGCUUCAUCCCAAGAAUCUCAAAAAGACCAACGGGUCAAACGAAAACGAAGAGUUACGUGGGCACCAGGAAAAAUCCAAAACAGUUUACACAAUUCUAGUGUUUCUGACUUUGAUAUGCCAUCCAGAUUACCCGGCAAUUUUAGCAAGAAGGCAAAAUUCUCUGACUUGCCCUCAUUUCCAGAAAUUGAUGACUCUGUUUGUACAGAGUUUUCUGAUUUUGAUGACCCAAUCUCCAUGAUUGACAACAAUGGAAUAGAUGCAGAAUGGAAUUUUGCCGGUAAAGUAACUUGCAGAGAAAAGACAUCCCUUCAUCAAUCGAUGAUAGACUUUGGACAGAUUUCUGACAGUCUUCAGUUUCAUGAUCCUUCUAAGGAAAACCAGCUACAAUACCUCCCCAAAGACUCUGGCGAUAUGGCUGAAUGUAGAAAAGCUUCUUUUGAAAAGGAGAUCACAAGCCUCCAGCAGCAACUACAGUCAAAGGAAGAAGAAAAAAACCAACUUGUACAAAGCUUUGAGCUCAAGAUAGCAGAACUGGAAGGGCAGCUUAGGGACAGAGCUAAAAAUCUAGAGAUAGUUACAGAAGUCCAAACUGAUGUUGAAAAGGAAGUUCUGAGAAAAGAAAUGUCAGUGCUUGGAGACUCUGGUUACAAUGCAUCAAACAGUGACCUACAGGAUAGUUCUGUUGAUGGUAAACGUCUAAGCAGCUCCCAUGAUGAGUGUAUAGAACACAGAAAAAUGCUGGAACAAAAGAUCGUUGAUUUAGAAGAGUUUAUUGAAAACCUUAACAAGAAAAGUGAGAAUGAUAAACAAAAAUCUUCUGAGCAAGAUUUUAUGGAGAGUAUUCAGCUAUGUGAAGCUAUAAUGGCAGAAAAGGCAAAUGCACUGGAGGAACUGGCACUUAUGCGAGAUAAUUUUGACAAUAUUAUUCUAGAGAAUGAAACUCUAAAAAGGGAAAUUGCAGAUCUGGAACGUUCACUCAAGGAGAAUCAAGAAACCAAUGAGUUUGAAAUUCUGGAGAAGGAAACUCAAAAAGAACACGAGGCACAACUAAUCCAUGAGAUUGGCAGUUUAAAGAAAUUAGUUGAAAAUGCAGAGAUGUACAAUCAAAAUCUUGAGGAAGAUCUAGAAACUAAAACAAAACUUCUGAAAGAGCAGGAAAUUCAACUUGCAGAAUUAAGGAAACGCGCAGAUAACUUGCAGAAAAAAGUACGAAAUUUUGAUCUCUCGGUUUCCAUGGGUGAUAGUGAGAAACUCUGUGAAGAAAUCUUUCAACUGAAGCAAUCUCUUUCUGAUGCUGAAGCUGUGACUCGCGAUGCUCAGAAGGAAUGUUCUUUCCUCAGAAGUGAAAAUCUAGAGCUGAAGGAGAAAAUGGAGGACACAUCAAACUGGUACAAUCAAAAAGAAAAGGCUGCGUCUUUGUUUGAGAAGCAGCUGGAAACUGAAAAAUCAAACUACAAGAAAAUGGAAGCUGAUUUGCAGAAAGAGUUGCAAAGUGCUUUUAAUGAGAUUAACUACUUAAAUGGCCUUCUGGCAGGAAAGGUCCCCAGAGAUUUGCUUUCUCGUGUUGAAUUAGAGAAAAAGGUUUCUGAGUUCUCAAAGCAGCUUGAGAAAGCAUUGGAAGAAAAAAAUGCCUUGGAGAAUGAAGUGACUUGCCUAUCAGAAUACAAAUUUUUGCCAAAUGAAGUUGAAUGCUUGAAAAAUCAGAUCAGCAAGGCUUCUGAAGAGAUAAUGUUAUUAAAGCAAGAAGGAGAACAUUCUGCAUCUAUUAUAAGCAAACAAGAGAUUAUCAUGCAGGAGCAAUCUGAGCAGAUUUUACAACUGACUGACGAAGUGACACACACACAGUCAAAAGUGCAGCAGACUGAAGAGCAAUACUUGGAGAUGAAGAAAAUGCAUGAUGAUCUUUUUGAAAAGUAUAUCAGAAACAAAAGUGAAGCUGAAGACCUUUUAAGAGAAAUGGAGAACCUUAAAGGCACUAUGGAGUCUGUGGAAGUAAAGAUUGCUGACACAAAACAUGAACUUGAAGAAACUAUAAGGGAUAAGGAGCAACUGCUUCAUGAGAAAAAAUACUUUUUUCAAGCAAUGCAGACUAUAUUUCCGAUUACACCUCUUUCAGACUCGCUUCCUCCCUCAAAAUUAGUUGAAGGGAACUCUCAAGACCCCAUAGAAAUCAAUGACUACCACAAUUUAAUAGCCCUUGCUACAGAAAGGAACAACAUUAUGGUGUGUCUAGAGACUGAAAGAAACAGUCUCAAGGAGCAAGUUAUUGAUUUGAACACUCAACUUCAAAGUCUUCAAGCACAAAGUAUUGAAAAGUCUGAUCUCCAGAAGCCAAAGCAAGACUUGGAAGAAGGAGAGGUUAAACUGCUUUUGGAGAUGGAACUACUGAAGGGACACCUAACUGACUCACAGCUGUCUAUAGAGAAAUUGCAGCUGGAGAAUCUGGAAGUUACAGAAAAACUCCAAACACUUCAAGAAGAGAUGAAAAAUAUUACUAUAGAAAGGAAUGAGCUUCAGACCAACUUCGAAGACCUGAAAGCAGAGCAUGAUAGCCUAAAACAAGACCUUAGUGAAAACAUUGAGCAGUCAAUUGAAACACAAGAUGAAUUAAGGGCUGCCCAGGAAGAGCUAAGAGAACAGAAGCAACUGGUUGAUAGCUUUAGACAACAGCUUUUAGAUUGUUCUGUAGGAAUUUCAUCACCAAACCAUGAUGCAGUUGCUAACCAGGAAAAGGUGUCACUGGAUGAAGUUAAUUCGUUACAAAGUGAAAUGCUGCGUGGUGAAAGAGAUGAGCUUCAAACAUCUUGUAAGGCUUUAGUUUCAGAACUGGAGCUGCUUCGUGCUCAUGUAAAAUCUGUGGAGGGAGAAAACCUUGAAAUCACAAAAAAACUCAAUGGCCUUGAAAAGGAGAUAUUGGGCAAAUCUGAAGAAAGCGAAGUGUUGAAGUCCAUGUUGGAGAAUCUAAAGGAAGACAACAAUAAGCUCAAAGAACAAGCAGAGGAAUAUUCUAGUAAGGAAAAUCAAUUCAGUUUAGAAGAGGUGUUCAGUGGUUCACAGAAGCUGGUAGAUGAGAUAGAGGUCCUGAAAGCACAGCUAAAGGCAGCAGAAGAAAGGCUGGAAAUAAAGGAUAGAGAUUAUUUUGAACUUGUACAAACUGCAAACACCAAUUUAGUUGAGGGAAAAUUGGAAACUCCAUUGCAAGCUGACCAUGAGGAAGACAGCAUUGAUCGGCAUUCUGAAGAAAUGGAGAUAAAAGUUCUUGGAGAAAAACUUGAGCGAAAUCAGUAUUUACUGGAAAGAUUGCAAGAAGAAAAGCUGGAACUGUCUAACAAACUUGAAAUCCUUCAGAAAGAGAUGGAGACGUCCGUUCUAUUAAAAGAUGACCUGCAACAGAAGCUAGAAAGCUUGCUGAGUGAAAAUAUUAUUCUAAAAGAGAAUAUUGACACAACCCUAAAGCAUCAUUCAGAUACGCAAGCUCAGCUGCAGAAAACACAGCAAGAGCUACAGUUGGCUAAGAAUCUUGCAAUCGCUGCUUCUGACAAUUGUCCAAUAACUCAAGAAAAGGAAACCUCUGCAGAUUGUGUGCAUCCUCUGGAAGAAAAGAUAUUGUUAUUAACUGAAGAAUUGCAUCAAAAAACUAAUGAACAGGAAAAAUUACUACAUGAAAAGAAUGAACUUGAACAAGCUCAGGUUGAGCUAAAGUGCGAGGUGGAACAUCUGAUGAAGAGUAUGAUCGAAUCGAAGUCCUCACUUGAGUCCUUGCAGCAUGAGAAACAUGAUACUGAACAACAACUUCUUGCUCUUAAACAGCAGAUGCAAGUAGUUACUCAAGAAAAGAAAGAGCUGCAACAAACCCAUGAACACUUAACAGCUGAGGUGGACCAUCUAAAAGAGAAUAUUGAAUUGGGUUUGAAUUUUAAAAAUGAAGCGCAGCAAAAGACCACUAAAGAGCAAUGUCUGCUAAAUGAGAAUAAUGAACUUGAGCAAAGCCAGCACAGACUUCAAUGUGAGAUAGAAGAGCUUAUGAAAAGCUUAAAGGAUAAAGAGUCAGCGCUGGAAACUUUAAAAGAAUCUGAACAAAAAGUAAUUAAUCUGAACCAAGAAAUGGAAAUGGUUAUGCUGGAAAUGGAGGAAUUGAAAAAUAGCCAGAGGACUGUAAUUGCUGAGAGGGACCAGCUGCAAGACGACCUAAGGGAGAGUGUUGAAAUGUCCAUUGAAACUCAAGAUGAUCUAAGAAAGGCUCAAGAAGCAUUGCAGCAGCAGAAAGAUAAAGUUCAGGAACUGACCUCCCAGAUUUCUGUCCUGCAGGAAAAGAUCUCUCUUCUGGAAAAUCAGAUGCUUAAUAAAGUUGCAACCGUGAAAGAAACUCUAAGUGAAAGAGAUGACCUGAACCAGUCUAAGCAACACCUGUUCUCAGAAAUUGAAACUCUUAGUCUGUCUUUAAAAGAAAAGGAAUUUGCAUUGGAACAAGCAGAGAAGGACAAAGCUGAUGCUGCCAGGAAAACAAUAGAUCUCACAGAGAAGAUAUUGAGUAUAGAAGAACAGUUACUUCAACAAGCCACCAAUUUAAAGGAAACGCUUUAUGAAAGAGAGAGUCUUAUCCAGUGUAAGGAGCAACUGGCUUUGGACACAGAACACCUUAGAGAAACAUUGAAGAGCAAAGACUUGGCAUUGGGUAAAAUGGAGCAGGAGAGAGAUGAAGCUGCCAAUAAAGUAAUAGCUCUUACAGAAAAGAUGUCUUCUCUAGAAGAACAACAGAUCAAUGAAAAUGUUACUACUCUAAAAGAAGGUGAGGGUGAAAAAGAGACCUUCUACUUGUCAAAGCAGCAGUCUUCUUCCCAGAUGGAAGAGCUCAGAGAAUCUUUAAAGACCAAAGAUUUGCAGUUGGAAGAGGCCGAGAAGGAGAUAAGUGAAGCUACUAAUGAAAUAAAGAAUCUCACUGCUAAGAUCUCUUCUCUAGAGGAGGAGAUUCUUCAGAAUGCUAGCAUUUUGAAUGAAGCUGUAAGCGAAAGGGAAAACCUUCGCCAUUCGAAGCAGCAACUGGUUUCAGAAUUGGAGCAGCUAUCACUGACAUUAAAGAGUAGAGACCAUGCAUUUGCGCAAUCUAAACGCGAAAAGGAUGAAGCUGCAAAUAAAAUAGCCAGUCUCGCUGAAGAAAUAAAGAUCCUGACAAAAGAGAUGGAUGAAUUCAGAGAUUCAAAGCAAUCCUUGCAAAAACAGUCUGCCCAUCUAAAUGAAGAGUUAAGUACGUGUAAGGCUGAACUUCAGAUUAUCAAGCAACAUAAAGAAGAGAUCAACGACAAACUUGCUGAGAAAAUUAAGGAAGCUGAUGAGCUAUUGCAACAGAUAUCGUCUCUACAGCAACAGCUGGACCAAAUACAGAAGGAGCUAAAGGAUGAAAAGCUUAGAAACUAUGAACUCUGUGAAAAGGCCGAUAUCAUGGAGAAAGAAAUCUCAGUACUGCAUUUAAUGCAGAACGAGCCUCAGCAGGAAGAAGAUGAUGUUGCAGAACGUACGGACAUACUAGAGAGCAAAAACAAAGAAAUAGAGGAGCUGAUGGUAAAAAUCUCUGCUGUAUAUUCAGAUCAUAACAGUUUGGUCACCAGUCUCUCUACUGAGCUUCAAAAGGAAACCGAAGCACAAAAACAGUCCAUGUUAAAUAUAAAGGAGACUCUCUCAUCUACUCUGUCUAGAUCCUUUGGCAGCGUACAAACGGAGUAUGUUAAACUAAAUACUCAACUGCAGAACCUUCUGAACAAAUUUAAGGUUGUCUGCAGAACUGCUGCCGUCAAAGAAGAUUAUAGUGUCAUAAAAGAUUAUGAGAAGGACCUUGCUGCAGAGCAAAAGAGGCACAAUGAGCUGCGGCUCCAGCUGCAGUGUUUGGAGCAACAAGGCACAAAAUGGUCGGACUCUGCAUCUGAGGAGCUUAAGUUCUGUGAACUUGAAUUCUUGAAUGAGUUACUUUUUAAAAAAGCAAAUAUAAUUCAGUGUGUCCAGAAUGACUUUUCAGAGGUGCAGGUAGUCCUUAAUCAUGUAGGAUCAACGCUGCAAGAAGAGCUUGAGCACAAGAAAGGCUUUAUGCAGUGGCUGGAGGAAUUCACAGAUCUGCACAUUGAUGCUAAGAACCUCAGUGAAGGGGUGCAACAGGAGAAUAGGCGCAUUGCUGCUACCAUACAGCUCUUAACAAAAAGGCUUAAGGCAGCUGUUCAGUCAAAAAUUCAACGCGAGAUGACUGUAUAUCUGAACCAGUUUGAGGUGAAAUUGCAAGAGAAGAAAGAGCAAAACAAAGAACUAAUGCGCAUGCUGGAGCACCACGGCCCUAGUGCAAGUGUAAUGGAGGAAGAAAAUGCUAGACUUUUAGGCAAACUGAAAACUGUUCAAGAUGAAUCCAAGAAACUGCAAUCAAGGUUUCAAAAGCUAGAAAAUGAGCUAAACUCUGUCAAGGAUGAUGCAAGGCAAAAAGAAGAAAAAGUUGCAAUUUUGCAAAAAAAACUGCUGAGCAGAACCGCUGAAGCCGAGCUAAAGGCAAUGGAGGUGAAACUGACUGAAAAGCAAAACAGUCUUGAGGCUUCAAUGAAAGAAACACAAAACCUACAGGAAAAGGUUGCCAAAGGUGCAGCACCGUAUAAAGAAGAAAUUGAUAACCUCAAAACGAAGGUGGUGAAGAUUGAAAUGGAAAAAAUAAAGUAUUCGAAAGCAACAGACCAAGAGAUUGCCUUCUUAAAGUCUUGUUUGGAAGAUAAGGAAGAAGGCUUGCGUAGAUUAAAAGAAGAACUUAGACGAGCACAGGCAGACAACGAUACAACAGUUUGUGUUCCAAAAGAUUAUCCGAGAGCUUCUAGUUUCCCUUUGACUUGCGGUGGUGGAAGCGGCAUAGUGCAGAGCACGGCAAUGCUCGUUCUGCAGUCAGAAAAAGCAACGUUGGAAAGGGAGCUGUCGCAUUAUAAGAAGAAAUAUCAUCAUUUAUCACGGUCUAUGUCCAAUUGUGAAGACGAUCUAAAGAAAACAAAGGCAAAAUCAGAUGCGCACUCUUCUCACACUGGAUCAUCACACAGAGGGUUACCUUGCAAAAAGGAAACUUGCAGACAAGGCCCUGUUUCUCCAGGAAGAUCUGAAUUGCCAGACCUGAACCUAGGAUCUCCAAAGAAGUCCCGCAGUAAACGUUUUGUUUCACCAAACCGGUCUGAAAGCUACAGCCACUUGGUAAUGUCUCCAGGCAAGACCGGGAUGCAUAAAAAGCGUUUGCUUUCUCCAGGCAAGGUUGGACUGCAUAAAAAGCGAGCCGUAUCUCCAAACAGAUCUGAGAUGCCCAUCCAGCAUGUCAUGUCUCCGGGCAAGACUGGACUGCAUAAAAAUCGCACUGUUUCCCCACACAAGACUGAAAGCACAUUAUUCGGCAUUUUGUCUUCUCCAUGCAAACAGCAAAAUGUACAGGAAAAUCUGAAUUCCCCUAAAAGUGAAUUCUUUGACAUGAAGUCAAAAUCUUUGCCUUACUGCCCAUCUCAGUUUUUCGAUAAUACAAAGCUUGGUGAUUUUUCGGAGCUCAACAAUGCCAAAAGUCAAGCUGACAACUGGUGGUGUGAAGCAAAAAAGGAGACUGCACCUGAAUGUAAAACAUCUUAGAUUCCUGUACAUCUGACUCUCCUGUCCUGUAAAGAGACUUGCUACACUGCUUCUUAUAGGAAGACCUUUUGAACACACUCUAAACUAUGUCUGAAUAAAGGAGGAAGCACAUUUUGUUCUUUAGUAGCAAUCACUGGUUGGGCGAGUGGUUAGGUCUAAAAUAAAGUGCAAUAUGUCUCACGUCUAUUUUAUAUGUUAUGUCAGUAUAUUUGUUACAUUUCAGAGUCCGCUGACUUAGUACUUGGCUCAUGUAGAGUUCCUUUGUGUUUAAACACACUGAUGAAAAAUGACACUUCCAAUGUAUUUUUACUAAUUGAUGGCUAGUCGAUGGUGAACUCAGAUGUGCUAUUGCACAGUGUCUCUCUGAAGCCAUGGAAAGCACCAUCAGUGUGCUACUCUUGUUCAAUAUAAAGCAAUCCUUUAAAAGGGUUUUUUCCUAAACUCUCUUAAAACUGCAAAACAUUGGGGCAAAGCUGUUUCCCACUAGGCAAACUAUAUGGGUUUAACUUAAUUCCUCUCCUAAUAAAAUAUUAGUUAUAAUAUUCCUAUUUCUUUAGGUGACAUGAUGGAUUUUGUUAAAACCUUUUUUACAUUUCACUUGUAAUAAAGCAGCCCUGAUUUUUAAA